GUGUGUGGCGCCAUGAUACAGAGGAGAUGGCUUCGUUUCAGAAGCCAACACUUUCUGAAAAAGUGCCGCCAAAUCAUCCCAGUCGGAAAAAGGUUAACUUCCUAGAUAUGUCUCUAGAUGACAUUAUAAUCUAUAAAGAGUUAGGAGGGACAAAUGCUGAAGAAGAAGAAAAGAAUAAAAGACAGAACCAUAGUAAAAAGGAAUCGUCUUCAAGACAGCAAUCAAAUGCUCGUAGACAUCGCCAUCGGAGAGGCCACUCAAGAUGCAGAAGCAACUCUGACAAAGGAAAUCAUGAUAAAAAACCAUCCCAAGAACCUUCUGGAUCCAAGUCUGGACAACACCCUUUAAAUGGGAAGCCUUUAAUUGAGCAGGAGAAGUGCAGUGACAAUUAUGAGGCCCAAGCGGAGAAGAAUCACGGCCAAUCAGAGGGGAACCAGCAUCAAUCAGAAGGAAAUACGGACAAAUCAGAAGAAUCUCAGGGCCAACCAAAAGAAAAUCAUCAUUCUGAGCGAUCCCGAAACCACUUAGAGAGAUCUCUUUGUCAGUCAGACAGAUCUCAAGGGCAACUAAAGAGACAUCAUGCCCAAUCUGAGAGAUCUCAUGGCCAAUCCAAGAGAUCUCAUGGUCAAUCUGAGAGAUCUCAUGGCCAAUCAAAGAGAUCUCGUGGUCACUCAGAGAGAUCUCAUGGUCACUCAGAGAGAUCUCAUAGCCAGGAAGAUCUUGCGGUCACUCAGAGUGAUCUCAUAGCCACUCAGAGAGAUCUCAUAGCCACUCAGAAAGAUCUCAUAGCCACUCAGAAAGAUCUCAUAGCCACUCAGAGAGAUCUCAUAGUCACUCAGAGAGAUCUCAUGGCCACUGAGAGAGAUCUCAUGAUCAAUCAGGGAGAUCUCAUGGCCAAUCAGAAAGACAUCAGAGAUACUCAACAGGUAAAAAUACAAUGACUUCUUAA